GACACACCACAGAGUGGGAGCAGUGGGGAGGGACCGCCCCGGCUGGAGCAUUCAGUAAGAAACAUUUCAAAAAGGCACAAAUGGUCUCCAACACCUGACAAAAAAAGUCUUCAGUUAUUUGAGGAACAGAUAAUAAGCUGAAUCCUUCAGAGGGACACAUGGAUACAACAGAGAAACAGGUUCUGGAGAGCAGAGCAGAGCGGAUCGCCCGCUACAAGGCUGAGAGGAGGAGAGAGCUGGCUGAACGCUUUGGGGACUUAGAGGAGGUUCCCUCCAAGUGGGUGAGACGGGAUGGAAAGGAGCUGAACGACCCAGAAACCCCAGCUUAUAGUGGGGGGCCGCGCCCAGAUGGAUGUGAUGAAAGACUGAAUGGAAAAACUCAAGAAGUUAUAAAUGGAGUUGAGGCAAAUACUCCUGUGGGCCACGCCUACCUGAGAAGCCAGAGUUGCCAAGAUUCUGCCAAAGUUCUGGGUGAGGAGGGGCACCUUGUGAAUCCCGGACCCGAUGCUCCACAGCUCCACACUCGGGUGUCAGUAGGCCAGUUGAGGAGUGUCCUCCUGCAGCAGACGGAGAGCGGAGCAGGCCUGGAGAAACUUGGUCCAGAUGCUGGUCAAGCCACAUCUUCUUUGGAUUUGGCUGUUGGUUCUGAAGGAGGCCGGCGGCGGAGCAGACGUUACCUUCCAGGCGGAUUGGGUGGGGGCCGCAAAACGAGCGAGCGCUUCAGGACACAGCCAAUAACAGCAGACGAGAUGGAAGAGAGCACUGGACUCUUGGAUGCAGAAGAAAACGACAAGAAAGCUGAUGUGAAAACGGAUGAUAGAUCCAAAAUGAGCGUGGCAGCCAAGAUGUCUCUGUUUAAAGAACUGGAGAAGUCGGCUGCCCCCGAUUCCUCGGCUCUGUUGAAGCCUCGCUCUACCAGCAGCUCUCAUGAAAGAAGGACACGACGUGGCAACGACAAUCGCUUUCUCACUCAGCCAAUCACUUGUGAGGAAAUGGUGGCAAUCAGCGCUCCUGUAGCAGCUGAAUUGCAGUCUGAACAGGCCGAGUCAGUGGAGGAUGGAGAUGAAAGCUGCAGGAUGAGCAUGAGAGAAAAGCUGGCCCUCUUCAACAGACUCUCCCUAAAUGGAAAGAAUGGGGCUGGGCCCACGGACCGGCCCCCAGAGAGGCGAAAGCAAAAAGGAGCUCGAUAUCGCACUCAGCCCAUCACAGUGGACGAAGUCAGUCUGCUUCAGAAAGGCCCCAUUCAGCUUCCUGCUUUCAGCUUGACCCCUAAUCUGUAUGACAGACAGCAGGUUAUGUCUGUUAACCUGAAACCCAGCGAGGUGCGUCUUAUGCAGCCAGAAUCAGAACUUUCAGAACCUGAAUCAACACACCAGGUUUCGCAGAAUUACAACUCUGAAACAUGUUUGAAGGGAAUCCUAAAGAAGAAUAGCCCUGAGGUUCAAGAGUGGAGUGGGACUGAUAGUCAGGAGCCUUCACUCAACCACCAUGAAAAUGGUGAAGACUGCACAGAUCCAGGGCUGCUUGGUAGAAUAGAGGGAACAGAGAGGAAAAGUUCGAUCAGAGUAGCGCCAUGGAGACAGAGAGCUCGAAACAGGAGGGAGACCCCAACACAAGCGUUGUCAGAGCAGGAUGCUGCUCAGGAGGAGUGGCCUUCUAGAACCCCACCGCCAGAGGAGAUCAUUUCCUCUAAAGGAAACGGCACAGGAACACACAGUGAGGAGGCGAUUGUUGGGAGUUUUCAUGAAGACAAACCCAAACAAGAGGUUUUGGUCUCAAUCGGAGUUUGCUCACCUAACCUACAGAAAACAGCAGAGUCAGGAAGAAAGGUGCAAUCAGGAAGCCCUGUUCCUGAGACAACUCAGUGUUGGGAACCCAUCUUUGCCUCUGUCUAUACUAUCAAUACACCUCAAUAUAUCAUGUGUUUUAAUCAGACCAAUCUGUGCUUUGAGGCCCAGGAAGUCUCCUCUCCUACAAAAACCCUGAUCCAGCCCCAGUGGAGACAGAAGGCUAAAGAAGCUGAUGAGGUUGAGGAGGAAGAAAGUGGAAAGAGGACAACACAGCUUCAAAACAACGAGCAGGGAACUGCAAUCAGCAUCCAGAGAACUUCAGGUCCUGGAUCACCUGAAACAGACCGUAUCGAUAUAACCAAUACGAAGAUGGACCCUGGUGAAGCUGCAUCAGAUCCUGCUCAUGAAGAGAGGCCUGUCGAUAGUUUCAAGAUGUCACACGGAGGUUUCUGCAGCAGCCAGUCUCCUCCUCCAGCUGACGGCCCCACAGGCUGCGAUGGUGUAUCUGCUGCAGAGAGGGAGCAGGACCUGGCCAUCCUGUGCCAAAGCAGCACACCCAUACUCAGCUCAGCCGUCGCAGAGCACAGACGGGCAGUGCGUCCGUCCCGUCGGACUCAGGGCUCCAGAAACCCCCUGAGGGCUCUGGCAGCCAGAGAAGACAUCAGGCAGGACUACAUGGGGGAAAGAGACAACAGUGUAGCCGAGGAGAGGAGCCAAGCACAGAAAAAUUGUAAGAACUCUUCCUCACCAGAUGCACAUCCAGUCACACCCUCAGAUAAGGAGAAAACCAAGCCUUUCCCUCCAUUCAGCAACCUGAUGCUUGUUCACAUUAAAGGGAGGCGGCAGGUCCAAGUGCGUCUGGUUGAACCUUCAAUCCGUUCGCUGAACAGUGGAGACUGCUUCCUGUUGGUCACUCCGGAGCAUUGCAUCCUGUGGAGCGGAGAGUUUGCCAACAAAGAAGAGAGAUCCAAGGCCUUUGAACUUGCAGCCUUCAUCCAGAGCCAAAGGGACCUUGGCUGUCACGCCUCUCAAGUCGUCCAUCUGCAAGAAGGGGUGAACUCUGAUUCUGCUGAGGCUGAAGACUUCUGGAGUCUUCUAGGAGGCAGAAAACAUUACAAAGGAGCCGGUGCUCCAGAAGAGGAUGAGCUGUUUGAACAAGGAGUGGUGGAGUCAAACUGUGUGUAUAGCCUGGUGGAGGACCGAUUGGUGCCUCAUGAACAGGCCUGGGCCUCCAUCCCCAGCACCUCCCUGCUGGGCCCCUCUGAGGUUCUGCUGUUUGAUUUUGGAAGUGAGGUUUAUCUGUGGCAAGGACGGGAUGUUUCAGUCAGCAGAAGGAACGUUGCCCUCCAGCUGACUCACCAGGUGUGGGUUGGAGAAUACGACUACAGCAACUGUCGAGUCAACCCACUGGAUCCCACUCGGUGUAACCCCAGCAUGCAGCUGAGAGGAGAGGGCCGUCCCGACUGGGCUCUGCUCGCCGUGGUCUCCGAGGGCAACGAGACAGCCCUUUUCAGGGAAAAGUUCCUUGGCCCGAUGUGUGAAAGCGGAGACACAGUGGAGGUUGUUUCAGAGAGGGAUGACCUGCAGGUUAAUCUCAUGUGCAUCCCUGCUGAUCCACCACAGCCUGACUCCCUAUCAUCAGACCUCCUGAGGCCCUGUGAUGUUAAAGCUCUGGCAUCAGGUGGGAUGUUAGAGGACGUUUCUGUCCGGACUGUUCUGGCUGGUGUUGAUGUUCAGAGGGGGCAUGGUGUCAUCACCCUGGAGGAGGGCCAACAGAUGGAGCUGAGGACUGUUUCCGUUGACACCUGGCAUGUCCAGGAGUUUGAUGAUAGUGAAAUUCCAGUGGAGAGCACAGGGCAGCUCCAUGAAGGAGAUUCCUAUGUGGUUCGCUGGACCUACAGCAUCAGUGCUGCUGAUCACAGAAAGAGCCCGGAUGACUGUGAGAACACUUCCAAAUCCAAGCAGAACACAGCGUUCUUCUUGUGGCGAGGACGGCAUUCGAGCGCUAGUGGAUGUGACACUGCAGCUUUUCUAUCCAUUGGGAUGAAAAACCAUGAAGACUCACAGGUAGUCGUACCUCAGGGUAAGGAACCCCCCUGCUUCCUGCAGCUUUUCCAGGGAGGCCUGGUCAUUCACAAAGGAAAGCGUGAGGAACCCUCCUCCUCUGCAGACUGGCGUCUGUUCUGUGUGCGAGGGGAGCUCCCAGAGGAGGCUCUGCUGCUAGAGGGGGAAUGCUGCUGUUCUAGUCUGAGGUCGAGGGGCUCUGUUGUUCUGCUCAACAGCCAGCAGGGGGUGCUGUAUCUCUGGACUGGCUGUAAAGCCCAUAGCAGCACCCGAGAAGUUAGUAAGAGGGCAGUGGAGCGUCUCACUGAAAUGAGUCCACCAGAGCUGGGUCUCUGCAAAAACAAUCCUAUCAAAGUGCAUUUUGUGGAGGAAGGUUCAGAGCCUGUGGACUUCUGGACAGCAUUGGGCCAGAUGAACAGAAAGGCCUAUGACUGCAUGCUUCAAGAUCCUGGAAAGUACAACUUCACUCCCCGCCUUUUCCAUCUGAGCGCCUCUUUGGGUAGAUUUAAAGCAGAGGAGCUGCAGAGUCCGAUACGGCUGCCGGGGGUCGUGAUGGCGAUGCCCUUUGUUCAGGAAAGCCUCUACAGCGUUCCUCAGCCAGCCUUAUUCCUGCUUGACAACCGGUUAGAGAUCUACGUGUGGCAGAGAGGUCAACCUGAGCAAACUGAGAGCUCUGCUUCAGCCUGGAGCCUCUGGCAUGAUGAGAGAAAAUGUGCCAUGCAGACAGCUCUGCAAUACUGCAAAGAGAUAAACCCAAGAAGACCCCCACAGGCAUACCUCAUCUUUGAGGGAUCCGAGCCUCUUACUUUCACUAAUGUCUUCCCCCGCUGGGAGAGGAAUCUCAGACCUCUCACUCAGAGGGACUCGGGGGAAGUGAAGCUGACCUUGGUGCAGGACGCCCUGGCCCAGCUCAUGAAGAGCCAACACCCUGUGGAAGAGCUGCAGAGCCCCUUACCUGAAGGAGUGGAGCCACAGAACCUGGAGGUCUAACUGUCUGGUCAGGACUUUCAGGCUAUGUUGGAAAUGAAGUGCUUCCCUUCCAAGCUGCAAGCAAACUGA